AUGCCGACCUAUUUCUUUCACCUUACCUUCGAGCUUUACCCCUCGCGCUCAUCGCCGGACAAGACGUUUACUCCACCACCGCAGACUGACAUUUUCCAUUCGGAGCUCCCGGUACACCAAAGGGCUUAUUGGGGCUCUUUUCCUUUGCCAUCAUCGCCUUCGUCGCGCACACACAGCGGACCCUCCACCUCUCGUGAGCAACGGGCUACUUCUCGCCGACUCAGCCAGCGCACCCGGCCAUCUUUCUCGGAUCACCACGACAGCCCUGUGCCCGUCAUCAAACCCCCAAAGAGGCCUGCGCACCGACGGACGCAGAGCUUUGCACACAGAGACUGGCGCUUCGAUACCAUCUCCAUUCUUAGCAUCGACAUGAACCAGGCCGAUGACACUGAGCUCGCCCCGUCUCGCGCAAAGUCCCUCAAGCACCCAUCGCAUGCGCCCAAUCCUGGCGGUUUAGCGACAAAGGGUAAAUUCAUACCCUCUGACCUGAAAGAUACAGAAGUCGGCUGGGGGGUCGUGCACUUGUAUCGGGAUGGGCAAGAGACACCGGGCUUGUACGAUGAGGUGGAUCGAGGGGACAAGACCUUCAAUGAGGAAGACUGCACAACGCUGUGUAUACUGGCGGUCCCUUCAUACAUGACGCCGUCGGACUUUUUGGGCUUCAUGGGUGAGCAGACGAGGGAGUAUGUCUCACAUUUCAGACUCAUUAGGACCAGCAGAGCCAACAAGUACAUGGUGCUCAUGAAAUUUCGUGAGGCCAAGAGGGCGCGUGAGUGGAGGAAAGAGUGGGACGGCAAGCCUUUCAACAGCAUGGAGCCUGAAUACUGUCAUGUCGUCUUUGUCAAGUCGAUCAACUUUCAAAACGGCGACUCAAACCGUGACCCGACUUCGUACCCAGACCUUACGAACGAUCCCUUUGCGCCCGCUGCAACAAAACAGCCCACAGCCCCUCUUCCGCCAGCGACUACUGUCUCCUCGCCAGUCGAUGGCCCAUCAAUAGCAUCAUCACUGACUGCAAAGCCACACGCUCCACCUACACCGGCUCUAGUAGAGCUGCCGACAUGUCCUGUCUGUUUGGAGAGGAUGGACGAAACAACGGGCCUGCUCACGAUACUCUGCCAGCACGUCUUUCAUUGUGCCUGUCUUGAGAAAUGGCGAGGCUCAGGCUGUCCAGUCUGUCGAUAUACACAAAACGACGCCUUUACCUCGCACCACAGCGCUGAUGGUGACAGUCCAGACAAUGAAUGUAGUGUUUGUGGAUCUACGCAGAACCUCUGGAUCUGUCUCAUCUGCGGUAACAUAGGAUGUGGCCGCUAUGAUUCGGCGCAUGCAUUCGCACAUUACGAGGCCACAAGCCAUACGUAUGCCAUGGACGUAGUGACGCAGCAUGUCUGGGACUAUGCAGGCGACGGAUAUGUUCAUCGACUCAUACAAAACAAAGCCGAUGGUAAACUUGUGGAUAUGCCUGCUUCAAACCAGUCAUUCAGCGCGCCUGGUAUGACGGGCUACGCCAACGACACGGUCCCGCGCGAGAAGCUGGACAACAUGGGCAUGGAGUACGCCUACCUCCUCACCUCCCAGCUCGAAUCACAACGCGCAUACUUUGAAGAGCAACUUGAGCGUGCCGUAGACAAGGCCGCCAAAGCCGCCACUUCAGCCGACGAAGCAACACGCAGCGUAGCCGCUCUAUCCCAAAAACUCAACCAGCUCUCGACCGAGCACCAAGAAGCAACCGCCACAAUCGCCUCACUAACCAAAGAAUCCGCCCGCAACGCCCAAAAAGCAGCACAGGCAUCCGACCUCGCUCGCAAACUCACCAAGCAGUACAAGGAAGAGCAGAUUGUCAACGAGUCGCUCAUGCAGCGCAUCAAGCAUCUGGAGCUCAAAGCCCAAGAGGCCGAACAGCGCGUCGCCGAACUGGAAGCAGCCAAAGCAGAUCUCGAGGAACAGAAUCGUGAUUUGAGUUUUUUCAUUAGUGGCCAGGAGAAGUUGAAGGAAAUGGAAGGGAAUGCGGUGUUGGGGUUGGAAGAGGGUGAGGUUGAGGGUGCGAGUGUUGAAGUGGGGAAGAACAAGGCGAGGAGAAAAGGCAAGAAAAAGGCGUGA